CAACAACCGAUUCUGCUUGAUAUAAAAAUCAACCACACUUUUUGCAGAAGCAAGGCUGCUACGUUCACGUAACACCGCAGCCUACCGUUUUUGUCUGUAACGGUACUCCGUAUUGUCACAUCAAGGAGGGAUUACAUAAUCCUGGACGACAGCACAGAGAGACCAGCAAAGCUCACAUGCCUGCCGGGUCAACCACACACGAUAAGCUCCUCGCAACCCUCACGUCGACGUCACGGUCCAUUGUUCCUCAUUUAAUAAGCUGUGACGUGCCAUCACACCCACCCGCCGAGAUGCCCUGUUGAUAGGCAGCACCAGCACGACCCGAAAGAUGCUGCGAGCCUGCACGGAUCGGCCAUGGCAAAUGAAGCGCAGCUCGGCGCCCUCGACCGCUCGAACUCCAGCUCCAGCUCCAGCCUCCUAUCCGCCGCCGGCGUCGACCCCUUGACAGCGUCUGCGGCCUUCGCAUCCAACACCCUGCCCGACGGCCCCAAGCGGCCGGGGUCGAAGCACUCACGCACCAGCUCCAACGUCUCGAAGCGACGCAGCACCCGCUCCAAUGCCACGCCCACAGACUUCCUCUCGGACAAGGCGACAGCCCAGCUGGUCCGCCGCGUCCUCUGCCCCCAGCAGGCUUCCGACCGGGGCCGGGCGACCCCAGCUCCGAUCCAUGACCUCCUGCCGCCCCUGACGAGCCGCAACGACGUCGACCUACAGCUGUAUGCCAUCAUUGCCAUCAUUCUACGCGACUUUGUGCAGGCGUGGUACAACAAGAUCACCCCGGACGAGACAUUUGUCGCCGAGAUUGUUCACAUCAUCGCACACGUCACGCGGGCCCUGGAACAGAGGCUGAGGAAGAUCGACGUUGAGAGCCUGCUGCUGGACGAGCUCCCGGAUCUGUUGGACAGACACAUUCAGGCUUAUCGGGCAUCCCGCGCUCCAAUCGUACAGUUCCCGGUCCAGGCCGACCCGCGGGCCAUCUACCAUGCGCUGUGCCCCCUGCCCCAGCUAUCUCCAAUCCCCGACGCCGACAACCCCAGCACCGUUUCCGAACAGGCCGAGAACGAGGUGGCGUACCGACAGCUGCUCGUCCAGGGCGUGCUGGCCGUCCUCCUGCCCACCGAGGACCUGGAGAAUGAGUGUCUGACGUCCCUGGUUGGCGAGAUCCUGUCCGAGAUGAUCAUUGGCGGCGUCGUCGCCAAAAAGGUGUCAGAGCCAUGGAUGAUCUGGACAGGCCUGACCAUCCUGUCAGAUGUCCUCGAGCGGAAACAGAAGGACGCCCGCAGAUCGCGCAUGACGAGCGGGAGGAGCCCCGGCGGGCAGGGCGCCAGGCGUCUCUCCAUCCCGGGCCUGUUCUGGUCCCUCGUGCACUACGUGUUCGCGUUCACCACCUUGGUCAGAGUCCUCGUCAUGACGCUGGCCACCAGCCGAAACCUGCCCUCCAGACGCCGCGUCUGGCCGCUGAGCACGAACGAGUCGGGCCGUUACGGUGGCGGGUCAGCAAGGACGAAACCGGGGGCGCAGUCCCCUGCCGAAUUAUCUUCAGGAGCCGCCGAAACGCCGGUCUUGGCCUUCAGCAUAUGGACCACCAUCUCGAACUGGUUGGAGAUGGACAGGCGCAUGCCCUGGCUGUGCGGCAAUCUAUCCAUGGUGCAGUGGCUUGCCAUCGCCGGGCCUGGGCGCGUGGCUGGCUUUGAUGGGGUCGUUGACAGGUUCCUCUCCGAUUCGAUCCGGCAGCACGUCCUCGACCCGGCACUCGUACCCACGGCCCUGCGCAACCUGCGCGGCGCCCUGUUCCCCAACAACGCCAUGGGCACACCAACGCUCUUCCCGCCCGCGUCGGACCAGGAGCUGCUCGCGCUGCGGCGCAGGUGUGCUAGCGCGCUGUGGGGCCUCGCCCCCAAGCCGGUUGGCAGGUUGUUGUUUGGCGGCAGCGCCGCGGCGUGGUUGGCGCGAUGGCUCGACAGGGCCGCCGGUGACGAUGAGCUGCCGCUGUCGCGGUCCGGUCCGGCCCCCAACGCCGGCACCAACACCGACAUUGGCACCAACACCUGGGCCGCUGACCCUGGCGCCCACCCCGACCACCCUGCUGCUGCUGCCUCGCCUGCUGCUAAUGAACAGAACCAACGGGCACAUAUAAACGGCGGCGGCGGCGGCGGCCCAGAGCUGGACCCCCAGCAGCUCCCCCGGGACGCAGACGCGCGCAUCAUUUCCGAAAUCGAGGCUGGGAUCCUGGACGUCUUCAGCGAUCCCUACUGCAACAAGCACCUCAUGUACGGCGCCCUGGAGCUGGUCCUGGUCAGGCUGGUGCCGGAACUGGCCGAGAAGGGUGUUGUGGAGCUGUGGGAGGAGAGGUUGAGUUGAAGAAAGUAGUCAAUCUCCUUGUGCCCCCCUGCCAUGGUCGCGCCACAACCACCCACCCAUCCCCUGAACCCCCCGGGAAAAUUCCUUUUUUUUUUCUCCUUCUUUCUUCUUGAUUCUUCCUUGCUUUCCUCUACUGGCCCAAUCUAGAUCGCGUCUUUCGGGUUAGAGCAGGGCCUGGGGUUGCUCUGAUAUAGGGCGGGAUGGAGCGGGCAGAGCAGGCAAAGCAAGUAGGCGUGUUGCGUGCAAUAAGCCACGGCCGCCCGCGGGUUUUGUCCUCUGGGACCCCACCGCUACCCUCCCUCCCUCCAUCUCGAAUGUAUGUAGAUAUGCAUUGUCCUUUGAGUUAAUACCCUUUUCUGAGGCGCGCGUGUGGGGGUGUGUGUGUGUGUGUGUGUGUGUGGUAGUAUGGUCAGUCUAUUGCGUGUGGGUUAUAUGCACGUCGCCAAACGCAACAACCAGCCAGAAACCAGCCUCUUUCCUAGCUCGCGGCACAUGGAUUGAUUAAAAACCUGACUGGUCAUCCACAUUUGACGGCUUUUUGCUGCACCACCUGACCUGACAGACCGUCGCCUCGAACCGACCGUUGUGCCUGCCUGUCUGCCUGCCUGCCUUCGUUGUUCUGCCAAAGCUGCCUUGGUGAUAUCCCAGCAUCGGCCGGACCCAGAGAACGUCAUGUUCUGGUUCUUGGUUCUCCUCCCCGCCUUCUAGUUAGUGGCCCCAUCUACCGGAGCGGUCUGGUCUGUUUUAGAAGCAGCAUCCCGUCCGUCGCGCCCAACCCGGCCCAGUUCCAGCCCAGCCCAGCCCGCCAGACGCGCCAGACACGCCACGAACCAUACUACUGCCCUGCCCUGCGUACCGUACCCGAGGCGGGCGGCGAUGAUCGAGGGCCGCUAGUG